UUCCCUUCUUCAGACUGAGGAUCGAGCCGGGAGACAGUAGACAGGCGUCGUAAGCAAGCGAUGCUCCUUUGAAAUAUAUUUAUUUGCGAACGAAAUAUUGUAACGUGACAUAAUAACAUAGUUUUCCCUACAAUUGUUCACGAAACUCGGUCUCUGUGCUCGGUAAAAUAAUAGUUUGCAUUUUUUUUUUUUUUUAAAUAUAUAUAUAUAUAUUCCUAAUUUCGUUUUAUACAUGCGUUGGAUAUGGUGAUCUGGAUCUCGAAGUGUUUUGGAUGAAGAUUUAAUCUAAGUCGUUAAACGCACCGCUCGUCUCAAGCGCGACGUCUCAGCGAGAUUCUGACGGAGCGUCUACAUCGAGGUGGGUGAAUCAAAGCCAUGCUGUCUCUGGACGAGCCCCUAAACCUGAAGAUUACAUCCGGCCAUGAUAGGACGGUCAGAACAUCCAUCUGUGCACCGCUACAGUUUGCUCGUGCCCGAAUAUCUCGCGCAUCACACAAGUCCAGCCCUGAUGCAGCUGAUAAGGACAUGUCAGACUCGUCAUCGUCCACUGUGGUAGAUCUCAGUCUGUCCCCAUCCUCCUCUCCCUCACCCCCCUCUCCCAUAUACAGCCGGUCCAGCUGGAGCCCUGCAACAUCUCUGCUGGCCACAGAAUCUGAAAGCACCUCUUAUAUCGAGGACAGCGCUUCUCCGCCUCUAGGUUUUCAGUUCUUCCUGCCAAUUGGUGGAGAGGGUCCCCUACGCCUGCCCUCCUCUAUGCUGAUUGGCCAGCACUCCCCUGAGCCCUCAGGUGACGAGCAGCUGGCCUGUCGCUGGCUAAAGUGCCAUCUGCUGUUUGACAGCCUGCAGGAGUUGGUGGAUCAUGUGAACGACUCCCAUGUGAAACCAGAGAAGAACACAGGAUACUGCUGCCACUGGGAGGGAUGUGCCCGCAAGGGUAGAGGCUUUAACGCCAGGUACAAGAUGCUGAUUCAUAUCCGCACUCAUACCAAUGAGAAACCUCACCACUGCCCUACGUGCCAUAAGAGUUUCUCACGCCUGGAGAACCUCAAAAUACACACCCGCUCGCAUACAGGAGAAAAGCCGUAUAUCUGUCCCUACGAAGGCUGCAACAAACGCUACUCGAACUCCAGUGACCGCUUUAAACACACGCGAACGCACUACGUGGACAAGCCCUACUGCUGCAAAAUGGUGGGCUGUUUGAAACGGUACACCGACCCCAGCUCCCUCCGCAAACACAUCAAGGCUCACGGCCACACUGUCGCCCAGGACCGAGCCACAUUGCCCAGGGUGGAAGGGCUGUUGAGAGGGAGUAGGUUGGAUGCGGAAAGCAUAGCUCCGGUUUAUGGCCGAGGGAUAGAUGUACCUUACCCAGGUGGGGCACAUUUUGUCCUUCCUGGGGCGGCAACAUCCUUACUUGGGGCUCAUGCCCUGCACAACCUUGCCAGGCCCAUUGGAGGUCACCCCCUGGAUCUCUCCAUGCUCAGUCCUUUAUUAGGAGCAAGGCCUGUGCUUUACCCCAGCUCUGGAGCGCUUGGGCUCGGGAAGGUGCCGAUCCUUUACCCCUUGCUGCUACCGCUCCUGGGGCUUGGUGCAGGACGGGGGGAAAAAGGCGUGGAGGAAGAGGAGGAUGUUGAUGAUGAUGAUGAUGAGGGCAGGGUGGGAGCAGGGUUGAGUAGCCACUCAUGGGUUGUGAUCCCUCCAGGCAUGUUGUUUUUGAAACAGGUGGUGAGCACAUAAAGACUCUUAGAUCUUAUUCACACUGCACACAAAUUUGAUGUUUAGGACUGACUGUCUGCGCUCUCAUUUCGCAAGUGAUGAAAUCGGAUCCGUUUGAUCAGACAGUGUUGUCAAUAGCCGAUAUGUCUACUUUGGUUGCCACAGAGAUUACUUAAGCAUCAGCACUAUGCCAAGAUACUUUCUUUUAGCUAUGGGAUUUUUUUUGUCCAGAUCGAUUAAGUAAUUGAAAAAUAAAUAGACAAUGCAAUUCACAUAAAAUAGUUACUUGAAAACACCUCUACUAUGAUGAACACCAUUUUCCAUUUCUGAGUUCAAAAUCAUUUUUAUAUUUUUUCUGGGGGUUCAGUUAAAUAAUGUUUCAGUGGUGUAUCUGUCCGGAGACAGUAAUAAAGAAUAAAAAAAAAGGUCACACUUUAUAUUAGGUGUCUUUAAAUACUAUGUACUCACAUUAAAUACAAACAAUACAUUGUAUUUAAUGUGUAACUACAUGUUGUUCUGUAAAAUUCUCACAAGAUGCACAUUUGUUGCUACUGAGGUUGAGGUACUGGUAGGGUUAGGGUUAGGGAUAAGGUUAACAGUGUAACUACAAAUGUAAUUAAAUGCAGGACUUUAAAUGUGAGUAAAAUGCAACAACACGUACAUGAUAAAUGAUAAGUACAUAGUAGUUAAAGACACCUAAUAUAAAGUCAGACCAAGUUUCAUUAAAAGCUGACAUUUUUCAGACAGAUAUUUUGAAGAUUUUAUGAAAAGGCAUAUUUUGUAAAAUGGAAUAACCAUUUUAGAAAACGUCUUGAUAUUCGCCAAAAAUUCACGAUGAAAAAAAUUAAAAAUACCAUGGAAAUAUGUUUGAAAACUUAAAAAAAUAAUAAUAAUAAUUAUUAAGUAGGGUACAGUCAAGUUUAUUCACCUUUUACUUGAUGUUUACACCACUUGACAUUUUACAGUCAGUAAAGUUUUGUAGAACAUGCUAUAAAUGUUUUUCAUAAUGAAACCAAUAUGACAAUUAGACAACAUAAGCACUAUACUACAUUUUACACAUUCAUGCUUGUGUCCGAAACGCUCACCCGACACAGCUGUGGACAGUAAAGUGCAUUGUGAAUGACGUUACAAACAUGUCUCAUCCCGAAUGAUGAUAAAUCUUGUUUGAUAUUCAAUUCACACCUACAAAUGUGGUUUGAAUUGGGUUUGUAAACCUAAGCAGAUUUGAAUAAAAUAUGCCAAAAUAUGAGAUUUUUUGCUGCCUGUGUGACACACAUACACACACAUUUGAACACGUAUUCGGAUAUUACAAGUGAUUGUUAAUGUUAGUUAUUGAGGAGCCGCCUUUUACAGGAAUCUGGACAUUUGGGAGGGUAUAAAGAAGGAGUUUUUAAAUACGCAAUACAAUGUCCUGCACUCAAUCAGUUUUAUAAUUCAAAUAUUUAUUUUAGUAGUUUCGACAGUAAUAUUCCAACAUUCAUGCGUCUUCUGUUCACAAUAUAAAGCUGUUCAUCAUUCCAGAUGUCAAAAUGUGCAUAGUGUGAUGCAUGAUGAGAAAUGCUUAUUUGAUCCAUCUUUCUUUGGAGCUGAGAGAAAGCACCUUGAUUUGUCCAACUAAAUCUAUGAAGCUAACUGACAGCUUCUUUGUCUAUAUAUUUCAUAAGCUGACUCAGACAGUUGACCCACAGUGGCCAAACAAAGAGUACAGGAUAUGCUAUGAAAAGCAAAUGGAAAGGCAAAUGUCCUUUUACAUGUUCAAACAGUACCACACAUCUUUAGAUCUACAGUACAGUAAUAGCACCUGUUGCAAGCUAGCAAACAGGGAGAGAACAAUGUGAACAAAUAUGAGUAAAUUGGUUCUGGAACUUACAGCAGGGGAGACCGGGGCAAUUGUAACCCACUAAAUUUCCUCAGUCACAAAUAUGUGAUCACACUUAUUCAGCAUAUGCUAAGUUCUCCAUCUGCCUGAAAAAAGGAGUGUGAUCGUCUCACUAGCUGAGAAAUUUUGACAUAAAACAUUUUUCGAUGUCCAAGAUAAUAUUGUCAGCUGAUAUAAAUAGUUUAGCAAAAAUGAUUUAAUUUAGAUAAUUAUAAUGUAGGUCCCACUUACAGUAUUCUUGAGAGCUUAAAAAAAUAGUGCCAUAUACAGGAGAAAAUUAUUCAGUAAUGAGUACUGAAAGCAAGGAUAUUAUUACUCUUGCUCUUAGUUGAGAUACAAUGGAUUAAUAAAAUGUAUUUUUCAAGUGUUACAAUUGACCACAACAAACACUUAAUUUGAUAUUAUGAUAUAGUCUUUGUUAAGUAUAUUAACAGUUUGUUAAAAAUAAAAGUUGAUUUGUAGUAAUCUGUGAUUUAAAAAUGAAAAUGUGAAAAAUAUUACAAUUGCCCAUGGUCUCCCCUAUGUUUGUAGUACUUAACAUGGCUGUAUGGGGGGCCUGGGGGGGGGGGGCAUUGCCCCCCUAGAUUUUACCUGUGCCCCAUCCAGUCAGACGGCGAAACAUCCAAGGUGGAUUUCCCUGGUCAGAUGAAAAGAUUGCCCACACUAAAGUUCAAAAUGCCCCCCAAAGAUGGCAUCCUUGUACCGGUCCUAGUACUCACUACAACAUACUCUUAUAUCUCAAAAAAUCUAAAAAUGUGAUUUCUCAUAAUAUGACUUCUUUAAAAGAUGUGCACCUUAAUCCUAAUUGCUCUAAAGAAUAGUAAUCUAUUUAAUUCGAAUCUAUAUAGUAAUUUCUUUUCUUUCUUUCUUUUUUUUUUUUUUUUUGAAGACGAGACAUUGACUGUGCCAGAACAUUUGUGUAUAUGAUGACAUGAGUCAACUUGGACUCCACUAUUUGUUAUCCAUUAUAUAAACCAUUUAUGCAUGGCUGAUUUUUUCUCACUAAAGAUUUAAUGAAUAUAUGAAGAUUUACAGACAGCUUCUCUGAUAAGAGUGGCACAUUUGAUAUCUGCCAUGCACAAUGGAUAAAUGCUAAGACUAUGGCCUAAGACUACUGGCCUAAUAUAUUUGCACAGUUGGAUAUUUUAUCAAGCGUAUUUUAACCAGUACCAAGUGCCUUCUAUUGUAAGGUAGUUAUUGACGAAAUACAAUGUAUGAAAUACAUUUUGGAUGUACUGUAUAUUGUCAGUUUAUGUGUGUAUAUUUUAUCAGUUCAACGGAUUCAACCUGUUACAAUGUUAAUGUUACGAUUUUUUACAAGUUGUAUUGAUGUUGAGGCUAAUGUUUCAUAAUGUUGAGCUAAUGCUAAUAAGUGUCUUACCAUAGCACAGGACGUCUGGCAAAGUGACUGGAAGAAUUUCAUAAAUUAGAUAUUGACUUGAUUAAAAUGUCCAAUAAAGAGUGCAA